GAGAUGCCAAUCUUCUUUGGAAAUUUAAUCUGUGCGCACUUUGUAUGUAUAUACAUAUGAACACAUAUAUACGAAUGUCAAAGCGGACAUGGCGAACUUCAGCGAGAAUUCACACGAAAUGACAGAAAAUAACAUUCAACAACGUUGUAAUAUACAAUGGGUAAAAUUAAAUGUGGGCGGAACAUAUUUCUUAACUUCAAAAACUACGUUGGCCCGGGAUCCUAAUUCAUUUCUGUAUCGACUUUGUCAAGAAGAUUCGGACCUCAUAUCGGACAGGGAUGAAACUGGUGCUUACUUAAUAGACCGUGAUCCAACAUAUUUUAGUCCUAUCUUAAACUAUUUAAGACAUGGUAAAUUGGUUAUCAAUAAGGACUUAACUGAAGAAGGUGUAUUAGAAGAGGCAGAGUUUUAUAAUAUUACGGAACUAAUUCGACUAGUUAAGGAACGUAUUAUAAUGCGAGAUACAAGACCUUUGAGAGAUUCAAAGAAACAUGUCUAUAGAGUAUUGCAAUGUCAUGAGGAUGAAUUAACACAAAUGGUAUCAACAAUGUCUGAUGGAUGGAAAUUUGAACAGCUAAUCAAUAUAGGCUCCCAAUAUAAUUAUGGGAAUGAUGACCAUGCUGAAUUUCUAUGUGUGGUGAGUCGUGAAUAUGGACCAAGUCAAAUCAAUAGCAAGGAACAGGAAUCAACUGAUCGUGUUAAGGUCUUACAACAGAAGGGAUCACGCAUGUAAUCUAAAUCCGUCCCUUAUCCCUUCUUGCCUCCUUUAAUUAGAUCAACUGUGCAGCAAGAAGACGAAGACUGUAUCUGUUUUUUAGUUAAUAGUUUAUUUUUUAAGAUUUAUACAGUCUCCAUUUGUAAGUUUUUCAUUUCUAUAUGAUAAUAAUGUAGCGAAAAAAUAAUAUGCAGAACUGUAAAAAUUUUAAUUAUAUUUUUUACAGAUAUUUAUUAUUUAGCAAUAUUGUAUAUGAAACUUUUAAAGUGAAAACUAUUACACCUUCAUUAUUAAUGAAGAUAUGUACAUUUUCAUUUACUUGUUGUAAUGAAAGACAUUAUUUUCACGGAGAAUAUUUCACUUACUCAAUAUUUUAUAAUUUUAUAAAAGUUAACAAUUGAAAUAAUUCUAGAAAGAUACUAUUCUUUUUUUUUUUUUUUUUUUUUUUGAUACAUUACAGUAAUCUGCUUUCAAAGGAGACAUACUAAGGAUAAAAUGGCAAACAUGUUACUAAUAACCAAAGUUAUCUAACAAUAGCUAAAGUUAUGUUUUAGCUUUACUGAGUAGUUUAAUGGACAAUAGUGUUUAUGGAAGUCAUCUUUUUCAUAAAAAAUUUCUACAAAGAAUGUAGAUAUACGUGGUAGUGCAUAGCUUAUCCUUUUGUACCAAAUUUUUUGUAUAAGAUUUCUUUUUAUUUGUAAUUAUAUCAUAAGAUUCUCUAAAUUACUUACCUUGCACUGCCGCUACAAAACAUAAUGUACAUGAUAUUUAUAUAGCUAGCAUUAUAACUUUCAGUAUCUGGAUCAAAGUGUUUACUACUAACUUGUUAAGUAGUCUUCAGAUACAUAUUAGUAUUGAAACAAUAAAAAAUUUUUAAAGAAAA